AUCAUCGACAGUAAGCCAAGCAACGCGCCGAGCGACACACGUACUUGGUGUCACGGCUGGAGUCUUUAUUAUUUUUUCCUCGCACAUGAUACGAGGUUAUUUCGUCUCGAUUGAUAUUCGCGUAGUUCGGGUCGGCAAAUUUAUCGUUUUCGACGUGCAGGAUAGCGCCAGUAUUUCAGGACGAUCGUGACCAACGGAAAAAAAAAUAUCACGAUCGAGCACGGGUCUGCGCGCGCGUAUGUGUGUAUGUGUGAGUGUGUGAAGGUGUUCGCGUGUGUGUUCUCUCGAGUAUUCAGUUUAAAAUCAAAUUGAAUAAAUAUCGUAGAUUUUCCAGGUGAAUUUCGCAAACAUGGCAACUACAUUAACCGUUGCUGGAAUGUGUUGGGCGACAUUAUCAUUAGCAGCAUCAUUCCUGUGCAGUUUUGGAUUCUAUUUACCAUUUUGGAUACAGGGUCGAUUAAUGGACAAGGCUGACGCUUACUUCAGCUCGUUCCGAAGGUGCAACUACCCCAGACUUAUGUCAGACGGCACGGUGGCGCUUGUGCACGAGUGUGGCCGAUACGCCAAGUUCAAUGACAUUCCAAGUGUAUGGUGGCAGAUAAGUACGGUUCUUAUAGGAGGUGCGACUGCAAUCACAGUGAUUGUGGCCGUAUCUGCUGUAUCUGCAUGUUGCGUGACACAUGUUAUACAAAAGUCGACAGCCAAAGUCGCCGGAUACCUGCAGCUGUUAGCUGCGGCUCUUGUGAGCAGUGGUGGUGCUAUUUAUCCGAUUGGCUGGGAUAAUAGAGAAGUGAAAGAGUCCUGUGGGAACAUUUCUGGACCAUAUAAACUAGGGACGUGUCAUCUGUCGUGGUCCGUGUACAUGCUGGGUUCUUCGGUGGCGCUGCUCUUGCUGUGCUUUUACCUGAGCUUUUACUCGUCCCGCGAUAGCCCGGGCAGUUCAUUUCGUUCCAUCUGAUGAGUGCACGCUCAGGCCACAGCAUCCUCCUCCACACAUGACCCAGGAUACGCCGCUGGCCAUUAUUUCUGUCGCACGUGAAACGCACGUCGCCAACCUCCGCCACAAUGAUAACGACGACGACGACGACGACGACGACGAAACACAAUUCAAACCAACCAUUAUCGCUCAUUGUAAACUCUAAAACAAUAAUAAUAUUAUAUUGUAUCGUACCUAUUGUAUUUCGUAUUUGUUAAAAAUCAAAAACUAACAGUUACUUGUAAUAUCGUUAUGAUAGAUUGUUAUUAUAUUAUUUCGAUAAUAAUCAUGGCUUUACGCAGAAACGAAUAUCGAUCAUCGUCUAUUUUGUAUCUUACUUUUAUGACGUAUUCGCGUCUACAUCAUAAUUCGAAUAAUAAUGUUAAUGCGAACGUACGAUAUUAUGUCGAUAUGUUAUUACACGGUAUUGUCUUGUUCUGUGAAAAAUUACUGUACUGCGUUAUGUAAGCAUUACGUAUUAUUGAAUUUAAUAGUACCAAUAAUGCGCAUUCAACUAAAAUUAAAACGAAGUCUUAAUCGUAAACCGUGUAUAACUCAGUAAUCUUUCGAUCAAUCGUUGUAUGGAAAAUAGCAAUUGAAAACCAAGAAUAACAUUGUGACUACGAUAUAAUAAUAUGUAUUGUAUAUUAUUGUUAUAUGUAAAUAUCUCUUAUUUAAAAUUUGAAUAUUUCAUUUGGAU